AUGGAAACAAGUCCGAGACAAGGGCCAAGUGGAGGCCCCCACACCAAUACCAGGCCAAGUGGAGGCCCCACACCAAUACCAGGCCAAGUGGAGGCCCCACACCAAUACCAGGCCCCACACCAAUACCAGGCCAAGUGGAGGCCCCACACCAAUACCAGGCCAAGUGGAGGCCCCACACCAAUACCAGGCCAAGUGGAGGCCCCCACACCAACACCAGGCCAAGUGGAGGCCCCACACCAAUACCAGGCCAAGUGGAGGCCCCUCACCAAUACCAGGCCCCACACCAAUACCAGGCCAAGUGGAGGCCCCACACCAACACCAGGCCAAGUGGAGGCCCCCACACCAACACCAGGCCAAGUGGAGGCCCCCACACCAAUACCAGGCCAAGUGGAGGCCCCCACACCAAUACCAGGCCAAGUGGAGGCCCCACACCAAUACCAGGCCAAGUGGAGGCCCCCACACCAAUACCAGGCCAAGUGGAGGCCCCACACAAUACCAGGCCAAGUGGAGGCCCCCUCCCAAUACCAGGCCAAGUGGAGGCCCCACACCAAUACCAGGCCAAGUGGAGGCCCCACACCAAUACCAGGCCAAGUGGAGGCCCCACACCAAUACCAGGCCAAGUGGAGGCCCCACACCAAUACCAGGCCAAGUGGAGGCCCCACCCCAAACCAGGCCAAGUGGGAGGCCCCACACCAAUACCAGGGCCAAGUGGAGGCCCCACACCAAUACCAGGCCAAGUGGGAGGCCCCACACCAAUACCAGGCCAAGUGGGAGGCCCCACACCAAUACCAGGCCAAGUGGAGGCCCCACACCAAUACCAGGCCAAGUGGAGGCCCCACACCAAUACCAGGCCAAGUGGAGGCCCCACACCAAUACCAGGCCAAGUGGAGGCCCCCACACCAAUACCAGGCCAAGUGGAGGCCCCACACCAAUACCAGGCCCCACACCAAUACCAGGCCAAGUGGAGGCCCCACACCAAUACCAGGCCAAGUGGAGGCCCCACACCAAUGCCAGGCCAAGUGGAGGCCCCACACCAAUACCAGGCCAAGUGGAGGCCCCCCACACCAAUACCAGGCCAAGUGGGAGGCCCCCACACCAAUACCAGGCCAAGUGGAGGCCCCACACCAAUACCAGGCCAAGUGGAGGCCCCACACAAUACCAGGCCAAGUGGAGGCCCCCACACCAAUACCAGGCCAAGUGGAGGCCCCCACACCAACACCAGGCCAAGUGGAGGCCCCCACACCAAUACCAGGCAAGUGGAGGCCCCCACACCAAUACCAGGCCAAGUGGAGGCCCCACACCAAUACCAGGCCAAGUGGAGGCCCCACACCAAUACCAGGCCAAGUGGAGGCCCCACACCAAUACCAGGCCAAGUGGAGGCCCCACACCAAUACCAGGCCAAGUGGAGGCCCCACACCAAUACCAGUGGAUCGUCCAUUUGCUUUCCCUCAACACCGUGACCAUAGCCUGGUUACCAGUGGAUCAUCCAUUUGCUUUCCCUCAACACCGGGACCAUAG